AUGGGUGAAAUAGAGCAGAUGAAGCAAGAAGCUGAGCAGCUGAAGAAGCAGAUUGAGGUAAUGUGGGGUGGGGCGCGUAAGCCAGGAUGAGAACCUAGCCCCCUCCAGACAUUCUUGGCCUCCAUGGUCAAUGGUCAGGGAUGGUAGGAAUCGUAGUCCAAAAAACAUCUAAAGCAGUGUUUCCCAAACUUGGGUCUCCAUCUAUUUUUUGGACUACAACUGCCAUCAUCCCUAGCUAGUAAGAAGACCAGUGGUCGGGGAUGAUGGGAAUUGUAGUCCGAAAACAGCUGGCAUCCAGAGGUUGGGAAACACUGAUCCAGAAGGCCAGAGGUUCUCCAUCUAUGGUGUGAGGGCCAAGCUAUGAAUCAGGAAGACCCUAGUCCCAAUCUUCCUUGCCAUUUACAAUAAGAAAUAAGAAAUAAAUCAGAUGAGAGAAUCUUUCAUAUAAACGCCAACCCCCCCCCUCCCCAAUUUUUCAAUUGACUUGCCUAAGAUCCAGGACAAAGCGCCACCUUCCGGAAAUUCCCACCGAACAUCAAUUCCGCCUUUGAAAUCCCAGUAAUGUCUGGGGAAAUCCAGACACAUUGCAGCCCUGUUGUAGACACAGACCUUCUUUGGAUAAAUGCAGUGAUAGUUGGUGUGAAUUUAUGCAUAACAUAUUAGGUUAUUGAUGUGUAUUAGGAUAAUAAGAAUAAACACGGCUGUAUAUUAAAUGUAUGGUCAUGUAACAGUAUUUUUUAAAUAUUCUUUUACUCUCCCUUUUUUCUCCUAUUUUUUCUCAGUCUUUUUAUAAAUGAAAUUCUUCUUCUAUUAUUAUUAUUAUUAUUAUUAUUAUUAUUAUUAUUAUUAUCCAAGGCCAGGUAAUCUGAGACAGCCAGCUUCCACAAAGAUACAGAAGAUCUCCAGGCCUACUGCCUCUUUUUGCCUGCAAUUUCACUCCAUCUCUCCUUUGUUGCAGGAUGCCCGAAAAGCUUGUGCGGACACUACGCUUGCACAGGUAGGAAGGGCUGAUACUAAAUCACUGUGUCUGGGCAGAAUUUGUCUAAGGGGAAGAAUCCAUCAGGGCUCAGAAGAGAGGAGUGGAGUUUCCCGUAAUCACCUGUGGCCAGGGCCGGCCCAUCCAUUAGGGUAAAGAAGAGAGGAAGAAGUCGCCUCAGGCAGCAGAUGAUGGGGGGGAGGGUAUAAGGAGUAGCAGUGACUAGGCAUUGGAGUAUAGAGUCACACAGCCUGUACUGUACAACCAAAGGUGGCCUACAGUCCUCAGGUGCAGUGAGGUGUGCUGGUCCCGGGGGCUAACCGAGAGGUGAUGUCCAAGUCCAGUUCGAGAUCAAUGGUGCACAAUGAAGGCAGUCCAUAGAAGUUGAAGCUGGGUGCAGGGCAGGGUGUCAGGUGAGGUCAGGAGCUCCGGCAGGGAAGCAGGUCAGGGAUCAGGCUGGAACUGACAACCAACGAUGUUGCUCCUGCAACUUGGGACUGGGGCUGGCUGGCUUUUAUCUCCCCCGAGGCAUAGGGCGGCCCCGAUCCACAGGUGACUCGCCUCUCCUGGCCUGGAGGACAGUACUCCUCCUGCGGGAACUUAGUUCCCUCCGCCUCUCUGCCCAGAGCCUCCGCAGCUCAGGAGAGGCUGGAGGGUUACUGGACCCAGAGGCAACCUCCUCUUCCCCUGAUGGGGCUGAGAGUGGAGCACCUGCAGGCAAUGGGUCCUCCAUCCCCUCAGGAGCCAGAGCAGACUCAGCUGAUGCCUGCACCUGAGGACCCAGCACAGGUGAGGACCCUUCAGGCUCAUGCCCCAGCCCCAGCUCAGCUGGUUCUGGAGGCGGGGACUCCUGUGCAGGCUGGGAUCCCUCAGGUUCAGCAUUCGGAUCUGAUUCCCAGACCAUCACAUGAGGGAUGCUGAUUAACUUUCAGUUACUCAGCGGCAAGAAGAGGAAAAAGGAAUAAAGAUUGUUCACACAAAGAGUUCCUUCCUCUGUUUAAUCUUUAUUGUCAACCAGAAAUCAGGCUUUUCACUCUGCCUUAGCCAGCUUCCCCUCUCUUCUUUGAGACUCUUACAAGCUUCCCGAUCAGAAAUUUUCACCAGCAGACAGAGAAAUAUCUAAGUUACAAUUUUUCUGGUGCCAAAAAUGUUUUAAGAAAGAGAGGGUGCAGAUCUUCUGACCACGAAUGGUUCUUUGAGUGAGAUGUCAGUUCCUCGACUCGCCAGCUCAUUUUAGCUCCCAUCUGAGCCCCCCAGCAGAAAACAGCUUUGAUCAGAGCAUUUGAGUUUAUUCCCUCGAUCACUCUUUAUCUCAGAGUUCCUGGUUGUCAGACAUUCAGUCUGAUUACCAUCAAUCACCAGGUUGUUAUCUCCUGUCAUCAGAGAGCAGAGACUGUCAACCCACCAUUCCUUCCGCCAGAAGUCCCCUGUUUAAGGUGGUUUGUGUACAUGGAAGGAGAGACGAACUAAUACAAUGCAGCCAUGACAGUGUGUGUUCAUACCCGCAUUGUCCCUCCUUCCGCCAUACACCUUUGAUGGCAGGGGCUGAAACUUCCUCCUUUCUCUGCAGCUUGUGUCCGGGCUGGAAGUGGUUGGGCGCAUUCAGAUGCGUACACGGAGGACUCUGCGUGGACACCUGGCUAAGAUCUAUGCUUGUCACUGGUCCACAGAUUCCAAGUAAGUGACGCAAAAGGAUUGCGCCUGCUUCCCCUUGUUGCGCCCUGGGCCAGAAGCUCCUUCCCUCAGGCUCAAGGUAUUUUGGCACCUGAGGCAAACCACAAAAUGGUGCCCCUACCCCCAGCUGGUGAAGAAGGGGUGAGGGAGAAUCAAAUCAGCCUUAUAAUGGUUGAAGUGGGAAUCAAGGGCCGUCAUGUAAAUUGUUGGUGUUGUAUCAUCAUUGUGAUGCUAUUGUGUGAGUCUAAGCUAUAAGAGUGCCCUGUAGGCAGAGAAAGACAAGCCCACCCUUCCACUACCCCUUAAUUACUCAAGUGUAGUAAUUACGUUGACAUCAAAACGCCAGUCCAUAUCUCUCCCCCCCCCCCGGUCCUAUUUAAUCCAGGUAUAACGUUCUUGGGGGGACGCAAUAAUUAAAACAACAACACCUGUUGCCAGCCACCUGUUAGCAAUAUCUCAAUAGACCAUGAAAAUUAAGUCCUCUUCUGGAAGUGCCCAAUGUAGAUGAAAGCACAAAAUUGCCCUUGAGAAUAUGGACUGAACCUUGAAGAAGAAGAAGAAGAAGAGGAGGAGGAGGAGGAGGAGGAGGAGGAGGAGUUUGGACUUGAUAUCCCGCCUAUCACACCCCUUAAGGAGUCUCAAAGCGGCUAACAAUCUCCUUUCCCUUCCUCCCCAACAACAAACACUUUGUGAGGUGAGUGAGGCUGAGAGACUUCAGAGAAGUAUGACCAGCCCAAGGUCACCCAGCAGCUGCAUGUGGAGGAGCGGAGAUGCGAACCCAGUUCACCAGAUUACGAGUCCACCACUCUUAACCACUAUAUCAGGCUUCCUCAACCUUGGCCAUCCAGAUGUUUUGAGACUACAAUUCCCAUCAUCCCUGACCACUGGUCCUGCUAGCUAGGGAUCAUGGGAGUUGUAGGCCAAAAACAUCUGGAGGGCGAAGGUUGAGGAAGCCUGCUGGCUCCCAGUUCCAGUUUGGUAGCCCUGAAGGUUUGGUAGCCCUGGGGAGAAAGGCAGUGGCUUGAGAGAGCCUUCAGGUCCUUUCUGGUCAAAGCAACCAAGCUGACGUUCACCUGGUUCUCUCCCUUAGGCUCAUGGUCAGUGCCUCACAAGAUGGGAAACUUAUUGUCUGGGACACAUACACAACCAACAAGGUAAGGGAUAUUAUCAGCAGGUACGAACCAUCUAGCAGUCAGCAAGAUCAGAAAUGAAAAGAUGCCAAUUUCCCCCAGAGCCACAAACAUCUUAUUCCUGAGUUUGUUUUGCUGCAUCUUAAUUACAGCCCGUGUUUCUUUCAAUGUUCCAGCUACAUCUGCUUGCAUAAUAUUGCUUGAUAGAAACAUGGAGUUGGAAGGGACCUGGAUGGGGGGGGGGGGGUUAUCUAGCCCAAACCCCUGCAAUGCAGGAAUCUCAAUGAAAGCACCCAUGUCAGAUGGCCAUUAGGGCUGGGCGAUAUAUAUCAAAAUAUCGUCCAAAACCUGUCUGACGUCCAUAUUGGUUUCAUAAUUUUUGACCUGUCAAAAUGUCGCGAAUCGUGUGUGUGUGUGUGUGUGUGUAUGUGAUGCAAAAAUCAAAAUGUGGGCAAAACCAUGAAUCCAGCCAAGGCCUCUGCAUAGCUCCAUCCUUGUUUCAGACAUCAUGAUAAAUCAUUAUAGUGCGAUGUUUAGCUGGUUAUAUAUCGUGAUGUUGAAAACCAGAUACAGUAUUAAAGGUAAAGGUAAAGGGACCCCUGACCAUUAGGUCCAGUCGUGGCCGACUCUGGGGUUGCGGUGCUCAUCUUGCUUUACUGGCCGAGGUAGCCAGUGUACAGCUUCCAGGUCAUGUGGCCAGCAUGACUAAGCCGCUUCUGGCGAACCAGUGCAGUGCACGGAAACGCCGUUUACCUCCCGCCAGAGUGGUACCUAUUUAUCUACUUGCACUUUGACGUGCUUUCGAACUGCUAGGUGGGCAGGAGCUGAGAUCGGGCAACGGGAGCUCACCCCGUCGCGGGGAUUCGAACCGCCGACCUUCUGAUCGGCAAGCCCUAGGCGCUGUGGUUUAACCCACAGCGCCACCCGCGUCCCACAGUAUUACCCAGCCCUAAAUUGGCCAUCCAACCUUACUUUGGAUUUCUACCCUGUCCUCUGAUCCCAGGUUCAUGCCAUCCCUCUACGCUCCUCCUGGGUCAUGACCUGUGCCUACGCCCCAUCAGGGAAUUUUGUGGCCUGCGGAGGUCUCGACAACAUGUGCUCCAUCUACAACCUCAAGAGCCGCGAAGGGAAUGUGAAAGUGAGCCGGGAGCUCUCAGCCCAUACAGGUGAUCUUUCUGCCAGGGCGUUGCACCUUCUGUCCUCCCACAGAAUCACAGGAAACACACAGGGAGCAGCACCAAGUGCCAAAUUCAACUUCCUGGACCUCCCAGCUUGACACAAGAUGCUGCCUUCUUUCAAGUUACAGCAUUGACCAAAUCCGCUCUCUGCACUGUCUGGCAGCUGCUCUUCUGGGUUUCAUGCAGGAUUCCUGGGGAGAUGGAGAAGUUUCUAGCCCUGUGAUUGUGAAGAUAUGCUUACAAGUGUGGGGGUAACAUGAGGAGCCCAAGGGGUUGCUGAAUACGACUCCCAGUGGUAACCCUGUGUAGAUCCUUGUUCCUCUCUACAAAGUGGGAUAAAUGAUCGUUCUUAUAGUAAAGGUAACGGUAAAGGGACCCCUGACCAUUAGGUCCAGUCGUGGCCGACUCUGGGGUUGUGGCGCUCAUCUUGCUUUAUUGGCCAAGGGAGCCGGCGUACAGCUUCCGGGUCAUGUGGCCAGCAGGACUAAGCUGCUUCUGGCGAACCAGAGCAGCACACGGAAAUGCCGUUUACCUUCCCACCGCAGUGGUACCUAUUUAUCUACUUGCACUUUGAGGUGCUUUUGAACUGCUAGGUUGGCAGGAGCAGGGACCGAGCAACGGGAGCUCACCCCGUCGCUGGGAUUCGAACCGCUGACCUUCUGAUUGGCAAGUCCUAGGCUCUGUGGUUUAACCCACAGCGCCAUCCAUGUCCCAUGUUCUUAUAGUACAAAUUGCAAAACAAUGCAAAAUAUUUUCCUUAUCGGCCUUAUUUAUGUAGGUUGCCCAGUUCAGCUUUUCGUGGUCCAAAAUGUUGAUUUCAAAAAACUAAUUACUUUUUUUAAGCAGAGAGUACAGACAGUGCCUGUAGUAACCUCUAUCACCACAAACUUAUGAUAUUCAGAGUCUGUUAUCUCUUCCCUGCAGGUUAUCUCUCCUGUUGUCGAUUCCUAGAUGACAACAACAUUGUGACCAGCUCUGGGGACACCACAUGGUGAGUGUAUCUUAUCUAUCCAUGUAGGAAGGGGAGAGAGAGAGAGACAGUAGGAGAGAGAUUGAUGAAGGAAUGACAAGUGCUUGAAGGAAAAAAUUAUUUCAGCCCCAGUAUGUUUCAGAAUAAUCCUCCUUCAGGAACAUUGUAUAUAUUAAACACACACAAACACACACAGAGAGAGAUAGCACUGGGACAGUAUUAUGUUUCAUAAUCUCAUAAUACAGUAAAUAUGAAACAAAGUGAUUAAAUUACUUAUUAUAAAGGGUGGAUAUAGUUUCACAAUAUACAAACAGAACAGAACAAAACAAAACAAAACAAAACAAAACAAAACAAAACAAAACAAAACAGUAUAGGAAGAAACCAUUAAUAACCUUUAUUACAUUUCAUGUAGCAUACAAAAAUCUCAAAACUAUUUCCAGCAAAGCAUCUGGAUUUAGAUUUCAUUGUACCUUAGUACACCAGUACAUGGUGAAAAAAGUCCAUUUUUAAGCAAAGCAGCCAUAAUUUCCCUUACCCUCUCUGACCUGAAUCAUACUAGUCAGUUUAACUGUGCAGGCUAUAUCCCAAACUUUGGGUAGCCAGGAUAUUUUAUUCCAGCUGUAAACAAUAAUUAUACAAACUGCACAAAAUAAAUAAAGGAACCUCUCCCUGUCACCUUUUGAUAUACCCAAAAGGAGUAGUCAGUGGAUCUCUCGGUAAGCUUCAUCCAGUGAUAAUUUUGAUUUCCUAAGUAUUUUAGGACACUUCCAAAAAAUAUGUAAAAUGUCAGCAACGGGCAUCUUACAUCUCCAACAUAAACCACUCGCUGUUUCAUAUGCACAAGUGAAACAUUAUGAUUUUAAGGAUCCUUAAAGCCACAACCAGAUCAGAUACAAGAGCAGAGGAGGUGGCAAUUUUAGUAAUGUUGCCAUUUCUGUUAGCUGCCUUGAGGUCUGUUUUGAGGAAAGGUGGGACAGAAGUACUUUAAAUAAACAAAUGAGAGAGAGAGAGAGAGAGAGAGAGAGAGAGAGAGAGAGAGAGUGUUUCUCUGGGUGAACCCAUGAGCAGAACAGCCCCAUCACUCUGUUCCUCUCUCCUCCUCAAUGCCCCCUCACUGCAGUAUGCUCUGGGACAUUGAAACCGGACAACCGAAGACAACGUUCGUCGGCCACACUGGAGACUGCAUGAGCCUGGCCGUCUCCCCAGACUUCAAUCUUUUCAUCUCUGGAGCCUGCGAUGCCUCGGCCAAGCUGUGGGAUGUCCGGGAGGGCAGCUGCCGCCAGACUUUCACAGGGCACGAGUCGGAUAUCAACGCCAUCUCUGUAGGUUCCUCUAAGUGGCCGGGCCCAGAGCUGAGGGGUGGUGGCAGGACUGGAAUAAAGGUCAGGGGAAGGCAGCUAGUGUUAAAAUAAUGGGCAGGGGCUGCAGAAUAGGAGGGGAGUGAGAUCAUUGUUUGCACCCACACCGACUCGGCCCCGAACACACUGACCAGAUGCUUGGAAGCUGUGGCUGGAUGGUUUCGUGGGAGCUGAUUGAAACUAAAUCCUUCGAAGACAGAGGUCCUAUGGCUAGGUUGGGAUGGCAUGGGGAUGAGAGACCAGCUCCCUUCUCUUGCAGGGGCCCAAUUAGUGCCAUUGCCUUCCGUUAAGAGUUUGGGUGUAAUCCUUGACGCCUCCCUUUCCAUGGAGGCGCAAGUUACAGCAACAGCCAAGGCGACAUUUUUCCACCUUCGCCGCAUCAAGCAGUUGGUCCCUUACCUUUCCCGCCCCGACCUGGCCACAGUGAUCCAUGCGACGGUCAUCUCCAGGCUUGACUACUGUAAUUCGCUCUACGUGGGGCUGCCCUUGAAGCUGUCCCAGAAACUCCAGCGGGUGUGAUGUAUCUGAGGGGUGGUCAUAGGUUACACCCCUUCUGUGAUGUAUGUAUAAUGUUUCUGGGGGUGGUCUCGAUCGACAGGAUGGGAAUUUCAAAAGUCUUUAUAAGCCCUUUCACAGCAUUUUUGUGGGUGCUCCUCUUUUCCUGCAUGUAAGGGGAGCACCCUGUUGCAACAGAUCAAUAAAGAUCAGGCUUACUAGCUGCUUUGCUUCUCAAUAUUCUCUGGUUGGCCUCUGUUAUUCUCUCCUACCAAUAGGGAACCUGUGUAAGGACUCUAUAUGGGCAUAUUUUUAUUUACAACAGAAGAAUGCUGCAGCGAGGCUCCUCACGGGGUCUCUGCCAUGGGAGCAUAUUCACCCAGUGCUUUUCAAGCUGCACUGGCUCCCGGUUGAGUACAGGGUCAGAUUUAAGGUGCUGCUUUUGAUCUUUAAAGCCCUUCACGGCCUAGGACCCUUGUACCUACGGGACCGCCUCUCCCGGUCUGCCCCACGGAGAGCCUCAAGGUCCAUAAACAGCAACACCCUAGUGGUCCCAGGCCACUUGAAGAUUGGCUUCAACCAGAGCCAGGGCCUUUUCAACUCUGGCUCCGGCCCGGUGGAACGCUCUGCCUCAUGAGACCAGGGCCCUGCAGGAUCUGAUUUCUUUCCGCAGGGCCUGUAAGACAGAGUUGUUCCGCCUGGCCUUUGGCUUGGAGCCAAUUUGAUUCCCUCCCUCUCUUUUCUUUUUUCUUUUCCUUCUCCUCCUGCGAUGAGGCUACAUUUUAAUAUUUUAAUGUUUCAAUAUUUUAAUGUUGUAUUUUAAUUUUGUUUUUAAGUUGUAAUCAUUCAACUUGUUUUUAUUAUUGCUUGUAAGCCGCUCUGAGCCCGGCCUUGGCUGGGGAGGGCGUGGUAUAAAUAAAAUUUAUUAUUAUUAUUAUUAUUAUUAUUAUUAUUAUUAUUAUUAUUUAUUAUCUGUCUCUGCCCAGUUCUUCCCCAAUGGCGAGGCCAUUUGCACUGGUUCCGACGACGCCACCUGUCGCCUCUAUGACCUCCGGGCAGACCAGGAGCUCAUUGUCUACUCACACGAGACCAUCAUCUGCGGAAUUACCUCAAUUGCGUUCUCCCGCAGUGGACGGCUCCUGCUGGCUGGAUACGAUGAUUUUAACUGCAAUAUCUGGGACUCCCUAAAAGCAGAACGUGUGGGUGAGUAGGCUGUGCCCCGGAGCUAGAAUCUCUCUAUGCCAGCUACUUCCCUUCCAGGGACAAAGACCGUCUUCUCCCUCAGGAAAGCGUGUCGGUUUAUUUUAUUUUAAAGUAUUUAUAUAUCAUCACACUGAUUCCAGCAUGGGUCACAACAAUGAAUUCCAUAUGCAAGUACAGUGGUACCUCGGGUUACAUACACUUCAGGUUACAGACUCCGCUAACCCAGAAAUAGUGCUUCAGGUUAAGAACUUUGCUUCAGGAUGAGAACAGAAAUUGUGCUCCGGCGGCGCAGCGGCAGCAGGAGGCCCCAUUAGCUAAAGUGGUGCUUCAGGUUAAGAACAGUUUCAGGUUAAGUACGGACCUCCGGAACGAAUUAAGUACCGUAUUUUUCGCCCCAUAGGACACACCUAGUUUUUUGGGGGGGAAAUAAAGAAAAAAAAUUAUUUUCCCCCCAGGUGCGGGGCUGGGGCGCGGGAAGCGAACUCACGCAGCUCUUCCACGGCUAGCGUAGAGCUGCGUGAAGCCCGAAGCUUGGGGCGUGCUGAGCUCAGCGAGCCCCAAGCUUCUGGGUGCUGGCAAGCUCUCUGCUAGCCGUGGGAGAGCCGCGCACCGACCCCCCUCGCUCUCCAGGCUUCAGCGAAAGCCUGCAUUCGCCCCAUAGGACACACACACAUUUCCCCUUCAUUUUUGGAGGGGAAAAAGUGCGUCCUAUAGGGCGAAAAAUACGGUACUUAACCCGAGGUACCACUGUAUUUAAAAUAACACCUGCUGGGACUUUUGCUCUUUCAUUGUACAUUGCCUUGGAACGCUUGGGUAGAAGGUGAUCAAUAAGUUGUUAUUAGUAAUACUAAUAAAUGUGAAGGACAGAAGGUGGAAUAGAAAUCAAACCAACACGAAGGGGUGUUAUAUGAAUCGUCAGGGUUCUAUCAUCUUUUUGAAAUGUAUGUCGCUUGGAAACCUUAGUAACAUGUGACUAAUAAAUCUAAUUAAUAGUAGUAAAGGUAAAGGUACCCCUGACCGUUAGGUCCAGUCGCGGACGACUCUGGGGUUGCGCGCUCAUCUUGCUCUAUAGGCCGAGGGAGCCGGCGUUUGUCCGCAGACAGCUUCUGGGUCAUGUGGCCAGCAUGACUAAGCCGCUUCUGGCUGUUUACCUUCCCACCGGAGUGGUACCUAUUUAUCUACUUGCACUUUGACGUGCUUUCAAACUGCUAGGUGGGCAGGAGCAGGGACUGAGCAAUGGGAGCUAACUCCGUCGCAGGGAUUCGAACCGCCGACCUUCUGAUCGGCAAGCCCAAGAGGCUCAGUGGUUUAGACCACAGCGCCACCCUAGAUAUGUCAGAGCUCAGGCUACUGUCACUCACUCUUUCUCCAAAAUGCUACUUUGCUGCAUCCCCUCGCCCACCCCUUGAGGGCUCUCUAAUUGUGCAACUUCAGGCCGAAGUGGUACGACUUUACUGUUUGUAUAAAGUGGUUCAGAGGCUUGGGAAUGGUGUUGAGAUGUGGACUUUAAUGUAUUGCAGGACCAUCCACAACAACAAGCAUAGGUUGAGUGAUAAACAAAGAGCUACUCUGUCACAUAUCAAGCUGCCCAAAUGGAGCCCAUGCUUUGAGUAGCUCUGAUGCAGCAAGUGAAUGGCAGCCAGAGACAAAUUUGGUGGCACCCGGACUUUGGAAUUCCUUCCUUAAAGGGACCUGGGUCCUUCCUUCCUCUUAUGCUUCCAGUUAUUUCAUCAUAAACUUUAUUGCACUAGUCAAAGGCCAUGGCAUCAUUCACAAAGGGAACAAAAAGAAAAGCAACAAUAACCAUAAAAACACUGCAGAUACAAUAAACCACAAUCACUUCUCCUAAAAAUUAUUUGUUGCAUACGAUAGAAUAGCAAGGGGUUCUCAGCAGCUUAGAGAAUAUUUUAACUUGGGUGGAAUCUACACUCAUAGAAAAAAAAACGCUGUGAAAAUGCUUCUUUAAAAAACAUUUUGAAAAAUAUAUUGAAUGUGCCAUAGCUCACCAUCACCAUCUAGUGCUGCAUUUGUAUAUUGCACUUCACAACACAUUUAAAAUGUUUUAUUUGCAGCUGUAUAGCCGAGUCCCAAGUUUCCCAUUUUGUCAUGGCCAUGAUUCUUGGCUUGUAUCUGUUCGUUUACACCACGUUUUCUGCUUUGUUAGGUUAGGUGCCUCGGUCUGCAUGGCAGAAAGAUGGGAUGCAAGUAUUUCCAAAGUGUUCCUAAUGGGUUUCCAUCCAUUCCCCUGUCAGGAAUCCUGUCUGGACAUGACAACCGGGUGAGCUGUUUGGGCGUAACCGCAGACGGCAUGGCUGUGUCUACCGGCUCCUGGGACAGCUUCCUGAAAAUCUGGAACUGA